CCUGCCAUGCCGGCUCCAAUGUUCCCACUGCUGCUCCGAGCUCUGGUGUCCCGCCUGCUGCUGCCCGCGGUGCGCCUGGCCCGCCAGCACCUCCUGCCCCUGCUGCGCCAACUGGCCCGCCGCCUGGGCUCCCAGGACAUUCGAGAGACUGUGCUGGGCUGUCUGCUCUUCAUUCUCAGCCAGCAACACCCGCCAGACAGUGGGGAGGCCACCAGAGUGGAUCGCCCAGAGAGGAGGGAGAGGUUAGGUCCCCAAAAGUGA